UCACACCUACGGGCAAUUUAGAGUCUUCAUUUAAACCAUCAUCUAUGUUUUUCGGAUGUGGGAGGAAACCCACGCAGGCACGGGGUGAACAUGCAAACUCGACACAGGCGAGGCCGGAAUUGAACCCCGGUCCUCAGAAUUGUGAGGCAGAAAUACCAGUCGUCCACCGUGCCCAGUUUCACUCAGCAACGUGUAAUUAGGAAGGUGUAUCGUUCAUGCAUAGACCCACAAAAAACGUUUGAAGAAGCCAAGCUUAAAAACCCACAUGAAAUCUGCCCUUUUGCUUGGAAGUGGCCAUUUUAGGCACAUUUUUGUAAUUUUCAGGGGUCCUUUGAGUGUUUUGAAUAUCCAACCCUGGAAGACAGUUUCACUUAGCAAUUAAAAAUGUUGCUGCCAUGUCUUUCAUGAAUAGACCCACAAAACAGUCUCAAGAAGCCAUAUCUGAAAAGACUCAGGAAGUCUCGUGUUUUGGUUUGAAGCACCUCAUUGUAGGCCAUUUUCAGGUGUCCUUACUGACAGUGUGAGUAUUAUGGUUGUUAUGUCUGGCCCAUGUGAUUUUCCGUGGUGAACUCUACGUGGUCAUUUUGAUUAAGGGGAAAACUUCAAUCGGCACUUUACAUAACAUGAACACUUGACUCCUCUGAAAUAGGAAUCAAAUGUGUCAAAAUUAGGAUUAUGGUUUAAAAUAUUUUCCCUAUUUAUUUAUUUUAUUUGUUUAUCCUUUGUAGAAUAAUUCUUUCAGAAUCCAGUUUCUGCGAAACAGAAACUCGUGCGCAAAGAAGAAGUGAUGCGAGAGUGCUGGAAAAACCUAUGGGGAAAAUAAGACAAUAGAAAGAAACAGAAACCAAUUGGAGAGGAGAGGGGGCGUGGCAGGGCGGUGUUCCUAUUCUUUGAUUGGCUGCCCGGCUCACACUUAAAAGCCGCGAGUCCGUGCGGCGCUCCAAAACCCACAUCGAGCCAGAGAGACGCACGGGAGAUAUCACUUUUUCACGCCGGAGAUCAGGCGCCUUCACGCGGCUUCCACGCCGCGGCCACCCGGCUGACUUGUCUGGAUCUUUUUCUGAUUAUUUGUCUGUUUUUUGUUUGUUUGUUUUUCUGGUUGCAUUGUCGGCCUCGCUGGUGCUUUGACUCGGACGGGAGGUGGACAAAGGUAUAGGGACACUGAGGGAUUUUUUUUUUUUUUUAAAGGGGGAAAGGAAGCACGCGCACCUGGAACCGAGGACAACAAAAACAUGCCUCAGACGCCACGCAGCACUGGAGGCUACAACAAAAACCUCUACCAGGCCAAGGAGGAGGUCUACUCUGGACUCUACUACCAUGACAACAACCUGGUGUCCGGAUCCUUGGAGGCCCUCAUACGACACUUGCUCCCCACCGUCGACUAUUAUCCUGAUAGGACGUACAUCUUCACAUUCCUGCUGAGCUCUCGCCUCUUUAUCCACCCGUACGAGCUCAUGUCCAAAGUGUGCCACCUUUGCAUGGAGCAGCAACGACUUGGGGAUCCCCAAGCCGAUAAGAUAAGACUCAGGAAGAUAGCUCCAAAGAUCCUCCAGCUGUUGACUGAGUGGACAGAAACCUUCCCGUACGACUUCCGGGACGAGCGGAUGAUGCGCAGUCUGAAGGAGCUCACGCACCGGCUCUCCACUGGAGACGAGAUGUACAGGAAGGCGGUGAGCCAGCUGAGCCAGGGUUUGAUCCGGAGGCUGACUGUUCUCAGCCAAUACGAGGAGGCUCUGGUCAAGAUCAAUGCCACAGUGGCCGAGCGUCUUACCGUCCUCAAGGCCAAGCCCCAGCCCGCCCUCCAGAGGGACAUAAUGUCCAUCUGUAACGACCCUUUCACCGUGGCCCAACAGCUGACCCACAUAGAACUGGAAAGACUCAGCUACAUCGGCCCCGAGGAGUUUGUCCAAGCAUUCAUCCAGAAAGAUCCGGUGGACAACAACAAGAGUCGCUUCAGUGACCACAAGAAGGCCGCUAACCUGGAGGCCUAUGUGGACUGGUUUAACAGGCUCAGCUACCUAGUGGCUACGGAAAUCUGCAUGCCAGUGAAGAAGAAGCAGCGUGCACGGGUGGUGGAGUUCUUCAUCGACGUGGCACGUGAAUGCUUCAACAUUGGCAACUUCAACUCCCUCAUGGCCAUCAUCUCCGGGAUGAACAUGAGUCCCGUGUCCCGCCUCAAGAAGACGUGGAGCAAAGUUAAGACGGCAAAGUUUGACAUCCUAGAGCACCAGAUGGAUCCCUCCGGAAACUUCUACAACUACAGGACGGCACUCCGUGGCGCCACCCAGAGGUCCAUCACGGCCAACAGCAGCAGGGAGAAGAUCGUCAUCCCGUUCUUCAGCCUGCUCAUCAAAGACAUCUAUUUUCUGAACGAAGGCUGCGCCAACCGGCUGCACAACGGACACGUCAACUUUCAGAAAUUGUGGGAAUUGGCCAAGCAAGUGAGCGAGUUCAUGAGCUGGAAGAAGGUCGAGUGUCCCUUUGACAAGGACCGCAAGAUUCUGCACUAUCUGCUGACUGCGCCCGUCUGCACCGAAGAUGCGUUAUAUCUGGCGUCGUACGAGAGCGAAGGUCCCGACAACAACAUGGAGAAAGACAGAUGGAAGUCGCUCAGAUCCACGCUGCUAAAUCGAGCGUAAACGUUCAACAUGAAGACCCCAGACGUCCCUAAAGAGACUUAAAAAAAUAAAAAUGAAAAAAAUAAAAACAUUUAAAAAAUAAGUAUCCUCCGUGUCUGCGAGGAAACCACAAAAGUUAUGUUUUGCAUUAGCGCACGUUGCUACGACGCAAUUGGCAGCUUUUUCCACCUCUUUGUAAGACUUUUCUAGUCUCCUUUUCUACGAUGCUCUCUUUGAAUAGGUGGAGCUAUGCGCUAGCUGCUGGUUGGCUAAAACGUGCCAUGUCACUAAGCUAAAGCUAGCUGUUAUUUUUUUGUCGUUUUUUCCGACAAACUAAAUGCGCGGGCUGCAUUUCAAUGACGCCUCGGAUGCUAAUUUAGCAUGUUAGCGUCUGAACACAGUGGAUAAGCUACAUGCUUUAGCAUAUUUUAUGCUAAUUGUUAUUGUCAUGUUUUCCCCUGCUCGUUGAGUUGUUGAAAAAACGUUCUUUACGUAAUGAAAGUUUUGUGUCUUUAUGUGGAGUCCCCACGUCGAUAUUCACCUUAUUUAAUUAUGAUGUCAAUGAGAUUAUGAUUUCACGUUAAAAUUCCUGUGAAUCUUUUGUUUGAUGUUUUUGUGUACAUGAUGCCUAAUUUUUCCAUUUAUUAUCCUCACGAAUGUAAAAAUUAUUUUGUUGUCACCAAGAGCAAGUUAAUAAAAAAAAA